AUGGCGCAGACUUUGGAACCUGGACCGUCUGGUGGGAACCAGGCAGUUCGGAUCGUCAAGCAGAUCGAGAUAGUUAUUCGCGGCGCCAGAGAUGACCAGUAUAAUAUGCUUCAUUGCUCGCAUAGCGAGCUCGACGUGCAUUUCAACCCACCGCGCCAGACUGUCACGGUCUUCCAAACAACGAGACAUCCAAAUGAUCCAUACGUAUCUCAUACAGUUGUCGUGCGUUUCACUAGGAGGAAUUCUCGAUUCAUUAAGCUGGACCACCUCCCUGACGGUUCUCUGCUCGUCAACUUCGAAAUUCUGCCGUUUUUGAACAUGCAAAAUGAAAGAAUCCUGAGCGUCGAGCACAUCUACCAUGGCUUUGAAGCAAACGUGCUCAAGAACCCGUUGGAUGAGGAACUUGUUAUGUGCGAUUGGUCCUCCAAGCAGCUGCAGAUGAUACUUCCCGCGGCAAAGUUCUUCUCCAAGGACACCGAAGCUAUAGCGCUCUUGACGUUCGGAUGCAUCACACUCGAUGAAUACUAUGGCAUGUUGCCGCACUUCAAAAGACCGACUCCGCCUCCACGCCCGCGGUUCUAUUUCGAUGAUGACAUGAGAGCCGCCCAAUUUGCGGCAUUGAGAAGAGCAGCUCUUAGAGAUCGAAAUGCCCCAGGAGCAACUGGAUGGACUUUGUCGAUGGCGGAGGGCUUCCUUGGAAAGCACAUGAAGGAAGAGAAGCGGCGACGCAAGUGA